ACGUCAGUAACCAAUAAGAGUCGAGAAGGUAGUUCAGCAAUAAUGGCUGCCGUGAGUAGUGGUCGUGUAACGAUGAAUUCACAAAACGAAACGCAAAUCGGGUCCAUGGACCGUUUAAAAAGACUUUAUCCCGCGGUAAACGAGUCAAAGACACCCUUGCCGAGGGCCUGGAGCACCAAGGAAAAAUUUAACUUUAUAGGCCUGUCCCAAGGAAAUCUGCGUGUCCACUACAAAGGGCAUGGCAAUUCUCACAAGGACGCGGCCAGUAUUCAAGCAACCCAUCCGAUUCCAGCUGCUUGUGGCCUCUACUAUUUUGAAGUGAAGAUCGUCAGCAAAGGACGAGAUGGCUAUAUGGGUAUUGGGUUGUCUGCCCAAGGGGUUAAUUUGAACAGAUUACCUGGUUGGGACAAGCAAUCGUACGGUUACCACGGGGACGACGGUCACUCCUUCUGUUCUUCCGGUACUGGUCAGCCCUACGGUCCAACCUUCACCACCGGUGACGUCAUCGGCUGUGGAGUUAAUUUAAUCGAUAACACGUGUUUCUACACGAAAAAUGGUCAUCAUUUGGGUACUGCCUUUCAUAAUCUACCUCCGAAUCUAUACCCCACAGUUGGUCUACAAACACCCGGUGAAGUAAUAGACGCGAAUUUUGGCCAAGAACCCUUCGUGUUCGAUAUUGAAGAUAUGAUGAGAGAACUGAGGGCUCGGACCAAACAGGAAAUCAAAGAUUUCCCCUCUACUGGUAACCAGUCCGUAUGGCAGGCCAUACUGAAUAAGAUGGUGUCAACCUACUUGGUUCACCAUGGGUAUUGCAACACUGCCGAAGCUUUUGCCCAAAUAACCAAUCAGCCCUUUACCGAGGAUAUUCAUUCUAUAAAAAAUCGACAAAAAAUAUUAAAAUUAGUACUGGCCGGUCGUAUGGGCGAAGCUAUUGAGAGAACCAGCAGAUUAUACCCAGGACUAUUGGAAAAUAACCAAAAUCUCUUGUUUAUGUUAAAAUGUCGUCAAUUUGUGGAAAUGGUAAAUGGCUCGGAUAUUGAAGUUUGUCAUAGAAAAUGCAGCACUGGAAUACUAUCGUCGCCACGUCCAACAAGCCCUAUUCAAACUUCAGUGAUCCAGUCCACCAAGGGAUUAACUACAGGAAAAUCUAACAAUAAACCUACGGUUGAAGAAAUGAACGAAACAAAUAACUCACAUAAUGGCACCUGCUCGACACCAAUCGUGAUUCAAAAUGAUGACGAUAGAAUGGACAUUGAUGACUGUACAAACGGCCAAAGCGAAAAUUGCCCCAAUAUAUCAGAUUGUCCUAAUAUACAGGAUUGUCAAAACGGUAAAGAAUGCCAAAACGGAUCAGGAGAUAACUAUUCAAACAACGGAGAAACAUUAAAUGGAUAUCAAAAUGGCCAGGGUCAUUGCAAUAAUACAGACAAACCGGAAGCCGAGGAUAGUACGAAUUGUUGUGAUAACGAAGACGAAAUGGAUAUAGAUAUACCAGUAUGUAGAAAGUCUUGUUCAAAACCAGCAGUAGAACGAAUAUUAGAAUUCGGUAGGGAGCUUUAUAGUAUGAGCCAAAAAUUAAAGACAGAUAAAUCGACGAAGCAGCAUAAUCAACACAUGUUGGAAGAUGCAUUUAGUUUAUUAGCGUAUUCAAAUCCAUGGGCGAGUCCUGUGGGGUGGCAGCUCGACUCCUCACAAAGAGAGUCAGUAUGUGCACAACUAAAUUCUGCCAUUUUAGAAUCAAAUAAUAAACCGCGAAAACCUCCCUUAGAAGUAGCUAUGGCGCACGCGCACGAACUCUCUCGACUGAUGUCAGUGAACGGAUUGGGUGCAUGCGCUUUCGCCUCGGUGUCCGAUAUCUUGGAGCAGGACGGGCCCGAUCAGUGACCCCUCCGUUGGUCCCCCCCAGUCCUGUAUAGACGAGGGGUAUUUAAUGUCGGUCGGUAAAGCGGCGAUGCUUUAUCGGUGACUGUAUGAGUUCGGGUAUUUUCUUUUCUGAGGUUUCGCGAGUGGUGAGUUUGGGCGAAUCGGACAGGUGUCAAAUAUCAUUAAUAUAAAUUAUUACGCGUUAGAAAAACAUCUUUAAUCUACGACUUUCCCCGAUUGCUUUUAGUUAAUUUUAAAUCGGUCACCGUUAUCUAAUGAAAUGGUAGGUAAACAUUUUUAUCUAUUUUUUUGUUGGGAAUAAUAGACAUAUGCAUUCCUAUUAGGGUACCGUUAUGAAUUAAUUUAUUAAUAAUUAUUUUAAAAAUCAUAAUUCAUUUUAAAAUUCAUCAUUACUAUCAUAAUUAAUUGACAACAUUUUUAUUUUAAAACCUACCUAGGGAAAAUGUUGAUUUUUUUAAAAUUUGACGAUAAAAGUAUUUGACUUCAAUUUUCUUUAAUUUUUAUUUAGAUCAGGAAAAGUGUCCUGCGUGUCUACUUGUGUAUUGAAUCAUGAAAUUUUAACUAUACUUUCUACAAAAGAAAAAAAUAUUGUUUUAAUUAACUAAUUAAAAGCUGCCUGCCCAAAUUAAAUCAUAAAUUUUUAAAAUGAUACCAAGCUUUUACAAUAAAAAUGCUUUAAAAUAGAAGAAAUCAAUUCAAAAUAUAUAAUAUGUAUGUAUGUACAAGAAAACUGUAUAAAACCUUGAAAGAGAAGAAAUUAAACAAAAAUGUAAUACUUUCUUUAAUAAUUUUUUUUUUGCGAAUAAAUUAAGAUUAUGGUUAAAUAACUAAAUAAUUAAAAAAUUUUAAAUUCAAAUAUUAUUAUAGCAGUUCAUCAUAAUAUGAUGUAUUUAUACAUAUGAUGUAAAUUGGAAAUGCUCCGUUCCUAUGGGAGAUGAGCCUUAUCUUUUGAGACUCUUUUUUUUUGUAUCUCUGUUACUAUUUAAAAUUAAAAAAAAGUAAAAAACAGUUUUUAUUGGGUUUUUUUCCACAGAACACGGAUAUGUUUUAUUGUAGUGUUUUAGAAUUUUGAGAUAAAAAAAUAAACUUUGAAUUCCCGUGAGAAAUGUAACACACUGCACAUCAGAUAAGUGAGUCCAGUAUACUAUCCAGGACCCACUUAUCUGAUGCGCAAUACUUUUUAUCAGAAUUAUAUGAAAGAAAAAGAAUCUCAUUUACAAGGAGAGCAUUUCUCUUCCUUUUAUAAGUUCUUAUGGGAAGUACACGAACCCCGGCCAUAUCUGGCAAUGUAUCAUUA